GCCGGGGGGAGUUCAGGACGGCUCAUGGACCUGGCCACCAAUGACAAGGCAGUUCAUGCAGACUUUUUCAAUGGAGACAGACAAAGCUGAAAAUGGCACGGGAAGGAAGACCGUUUUCCCUGAUCUACACUGGAAUCCUCCUAGUGUUAUCACCAGAGUUUCUGGGGGCCGGCCCGGUGAGGCAGAAUGUGGAGGAGGAGGAGGCAUCUUCAUUAUCCAGGGAUGUCCGCAGCAAGCGGAGUCUUCCGGUUCACAUGCCCGUCCUCCAGCGGCUCCCUGACUUCUGGGGAUGGUACAGAUUCUUCAUGGAUACUGGCAACCAGGAAGGAAUCGAGGAUCUGGACAAGAUGUACAUGAUCUACCUGCAGAACAAGCACCGCUCCGAGGAGGGUCCCACCUUCAACCACUACCUCACCCACCUCAGUGCUAUCUACAAGACCUGCGCCGAAUCCGACGACCCAGAGUGCAUCGCCGAGUCCACCAGCAAGCCCAAGGCCAAGGUGUUGAUGCCCUCGCCCAUCAAGACCGCCACAGUCGGAACGUGCAACCCUUAUAUCGACCCCUACUGCCUCUUCCCCAUGGCCCCUAAGAUGGCUGCCCCAAAGCUUCCUCUGACUCCAGCCCCGGCUCCGGUCAAAGCUGCCCCAGUGCCUGUCCUGACCCCCUUCCUGCCGUACCCUCAGAAAACCCCCACAGGGUUCUACUACACCCCAGUCCUGGAGCCCUUCCUCACCGCUGAGCAGAAUACAGAGCUGCUGCAUAUCUGUAACCCUGACGACACAGAGUGUCUGCAGUACCACCUGCGCGCCGCCUACGGCUACAGGCCCGCUACUGGACCCGCCCCGUCCUAUGCUGCCCUGGGCUGCAAUCCCACCAAGGACCCCUACUGCCGGCCUCAGCUGGUGAAGAAGGGCCCCUCCGGCUUCUUCCACCUGUACCCCACCUGCGACCCGGCCACCGAACCCCUGUGCAUGGCUAGCGUAGCGACCCCUCCUCCCGCUUCCCUGGAGACCCCCAAGGAGCAGCACUGCAACCCCCUCUUCGACAAGGGCUGCAACCCGCUCACCGCCACCAAGCUGUCGGGCCCCACCAAGCCCGUCCUGGAGUACACGCCAAAAGACAUACCGGCACCAGCCCCCGCCCCUUUGGCGUGUGACCCGCGCUACGACCCAUACUGCCUGCUUGGUGCUGCCGCCGCCCUCUAUAAGGCCCCCCCAGCGCUGCCUCAGUUCCAGAUCCGCUCCCGCCUGGGCAUCCUCGGGAAGACCAAGGAGGGCCAUGACUGCUACGUGCACUACGACAAGGACUGCACGCCUGUGAAGGCCAGCGACGAACCCAAGGCCCCCGCCGUACCCCAGUGCCACCCCUACGACUUCACCUGCAACGGCAUGUCCGCCCCCGCUACCCUCACCGCUGAGGCCAACAAGCCCAAUAGCGGUGUGAUCUUGCCUGAUCCCGACUGCGACCCUGAAUACGACUACAACUGCCGCCUUCGUCGCGCCGAGGACUCCCCCGCUGCGAUGGAAUCCGCGACCAAGGAGCCCAAGGAGGAGCAGGUGCAGCAGAAGGCAGGGCCCGGGUACGCUGUCCCACAGUUCGAAGACUUCCUGAGGAGUUACAUGGCCAUGGGUCAGUACAGGAAGAAGUACAUUUAAAAAAAACACGUCACACAAAUGUCAACUAGACGCUAGAACGCUAGAACUGGAAGAAAGUGAGACAAGUUCAUGUUUUACACACACACACACACACACACACACACACACACACUCUCUCUCACGGUCCUCCCAAGGUACUAAAAUAUCUCCCAUGGUCCAAUACUGCAAAAGCAGGACAACUAGUGUCUUAUCAACAGGAAGUUCCAGACCUGCAAUAGUUAAUCUGAUUUGCUCAAUUACAGUGCCUGAAGGUAUAUCAUUUUACUGACUGUGAUAUUCUGGCUAUCCUGAAACCCAACAUGAGUCCCUCUAGGUUUUAUGGUCCCAUAGAAGUCUAUGUGAAAGUUGCGCAUUUAAUACUACGUUUGUCUGUAGAAAAAAAAUCUGUAUUGUGUUUGUAGAUAGGGGAAGCUAGCAGACUUGAAUAUGGUCUAAUCUAAAUUUGUGUCAGUAUGUUGGUAUGUUUUCUAUGGGUGUACAUUGUCCAUUUCCAGUGUUUUGUGAACAUUGUCUCUCCUGAGUGUAAUUUAAUGUUGUUUUCAUAGUAUAUCUAAAACCUGUCAACCUCAAACCCUUCCGCUCGUUAGUUUGUUAAUUUUAUUUCCAAAUAAAACAUUUUGAAACAAGCUCCCAUUUUCUUAUGGAAACAUUAAUUAAUACCCACAGUACACAACGACAUAUCAAAGUGGUUUUGAUAACAUACAGU